AACAAAGGUCAAUAGUAAUUUAAAAAAAGAUACUUUUACCUUAAAAAAUCAAAAUCCAAUGUAAGUAAAUAUAGAACCCGUUUGAGAAUGCGUAGAACCAAAUUUGCAGUAAUUAUUUGUAUCAGUUGUCUCUUUAACCUUAUACCCGUGCGAAACGUUUAUGGCAGACCAAUGCCGGAGCCGCAGGAAGGCCCGCCACAAGAGAUACCAACCCAGCUGCCGCCCCUGCCAGAAGAGCCAACUGCGGCGGCUGUGCCUACAAAUCUGCCACUUGAGACGGAUUUUGUAGAGAUCGAGCCAGCCGUCGAUUCAUUACAGGUGCAAAACAAUGGCCUGCGGCUCUUUCCUGGAAACUUUCAGCCUGUAAUGAAUAUACUGACCAACCCAGCCACGGAUAUUCUCACAACCAUUGAAGAUGAGAGAGAUGAGACAACUUUAACCACGGAGUCUGAGGAAGAGCAAGCGCUUGGGACUGAUUUGCAACUGCUCAGAAGAAGUCCAAAGCCCAAAACCAAGAAACCAAGAACAACAACUCUAGAGCCAAUUCGGGGCACAGAAAAAUCAACCACUACAUCAACGUCUUUGUUUACAGAGUUCACCAUAACCAUACCGAAACAAGCAACUGACUCGCAAGGCAACUGGAUAAGGAACGCAUGGGGCAUUACCUUUGGCAAGGUGUACAAGGAUACGCGUUUCAAUCUUGGUGGACGAUUCACAGUGCCGCGAAUGCAUUUGGAGUCAAAGCCAGUUCGGGACUAUUACCCUGGGGGUCCAAAAGCGACUGUGUGUAUUGGCGCAUCUACUAUUUACAAUAUACCUAGGGUAUAUACUUGGCUAAAGCGCAACAUCUAUAAUCUAACUCAUGAACAUAGGCCAAUCUUUUGGGAUCUGAGGCGCGAACUCUUCACAAAAGCUGACUCGGAGGAGUGUCAUGUCCCGUCACACGAUGAGUGGCGGCGCUAUUGGGAGUGCGCCAUUAGAAGAGAUAUGCGUGUAGAGUAUGCUAUCCCCAAGUAUCCGCUCCAUCAAGUCGGUUACGUGGGUCAUUAUUGGGGUCCUUGAUUUGGUUUAUGCUAAGUCGAACAACAGCAAAGUAUUACUUUGUUAUAUACACAGUAGUCUAUGGCUCGACUCUGUAUUGGUUUUAGAGUUUAAAAUUGUUUGUUAUACGUUUUGUGUGAGUCAAUGAAUGGUUGUGGUAUUAAAUUAUGGCAUCUAACAAAUA